UCCAUCCCUGCCUCUCUCCACAUCUCCCUCUCGCCCCUUCUCUCCUCUCUGCUCCUGCUUCUCUUCUCCCUGCCACGCAUUUCUUAUCACUCCCCCUCAUUCUGGCUUUCCACCCACUCACUGUCUUCUCUCUCUCUCUCCACCUCCGACUGAUCCCCCCUUUCCCCUCUAUUUCUAUUGGCUUCCGACAGUCCCUGCUCCCCUUUUCUUUUCCUUGGGAGGUUCUCUGUCCACCCCCACCCGGAGCUCCUGCCCACAGACCCCCCUCUGUGCCUCUAACCGCCCCCCCCAGGAUGUGUCCUGGAGAUGGGGGGGGGUGACGCACCAGGCACCCGUGGGAAGUCAGGGCCGGACACCAGAUGGGAGAGGCUCUGUGGGCAGCCGUGGCCGCCGCAGGCCUAGGAAGGGGCUCGGGCCGUAAGCUGUCUAGAAGUGGGCAGUGUGUGGGGACCCCAGCUAAGGGUGCUCUGGGCACUUGGGGCCUGGGCAGGGAGAGGGGGCAGCAGAAUGGUAACCAGCCUGGCGGCAAGCAGGGGAGCCCUCACCCCAUGGGCAGGCCAAUAGCUGACCGCUGACCACCCUCCCCACGGCCAUGGACGCCCCUGGCUAUCCUGCAUUGGCGCCCACAACCUUGGAACCUGGGAACACCUCCUCGGCCUGGCUCCUGAAUGCCACCCUGGCAAAUGUGUCGGCAGCCCCCAGUGUGGCAGGGCUGGCCAUCAGCGGUGUUCUGAUCCCACUGGUCUACCUGGUGGUGUGCGUGGUGGGCCUGCUGGGCAACUCCCUGGUCAUCUACGUGGUCCUGAGGCAUACGGCCAGCCCUUCGGUCACCAAUGUCUACAUCCUCAACCUGGCCCUGGCCGAUGAGCUCUUCAUGCUGGGGCUGCCCUUCCUGGCUGCCCAGAACGCCCUGUCCUACUGGCCCUUCGGCUCCCUCAUGUGCCGCCUGGUCAUGGCCGUGGACGGCAUCAACCAGUUCACCAGCAUCUUCUGCCUCACCGUCAUGAGUGUGGAUCGCUACCUGGCCGUGGUGCAUCCCACCCGCUCCGCCCGCUGGCGGACGGCGCCCGUGGCCCGCACGGUGAGCGUGGCCGUCUGGGUGGCCUCGGCGGUGGUGGUGCUGCCCGUGGUGGUCUUCUCAGGGGUGCCCCACGGCAUGAGCACCUGCCACAUGCAGUGGCCUGAGCCGGCGGCCGCCUGGCGCGCCGGCUUCAUCAUCUACACGGCCGCCCUAGGCUUCUUCGGGCCGCUGCUGGUCAUCUGCCUCUGCUACCUGCUCAUCGUGGUCAAGGUGCGCUCGGCCGGGCGGCGGGUGCGGGCGCCCUCGUGCCAGCGGCGGCGGCACUCGGAGCGCAGGGUCACGCGCAUGGUGGUGGCCGUGGUGGCGCUCUUCGUCCUCUGCUGGAUGCCCUUCUACGUGCUCAACAUCGUCAACGUGCUGUGCCCGCUGCCCGAGGAGCCCGCCUUCUUCGGCCUCUACUUCCUGGUGGUGGCGCUGCCCUACGCCAACAGCUGUGCCAACCCCAUCCUCUACGGCUUCCUCUCCUACCGCUUCAAGCAGGGUUUCCGCAGGGUCCUGCUGCGGCCCUCCCGCCGCGUGCGCAGCCAGGAGCCUUCUGCCGGGCCCCCCGGGAGGACAGUGGAGGGGGAGGAGGAGGAGCGGGGGGAGGACGGGGAGGAGGGGGCAGGGAAGCAGGGGGAGGGGCGGGAGAUGAAUGGCCGGGUCAGCCUCAUCACGCAGCCUGGCACCAGCAGGCAGGAGCGGCCGCCCAGCGGCAAGGCCGGCAAGGACAAGCAGUUCCUCCCGCAAGAGGCCUCGGCUGGGGACAAGCCGGGCACACUGCACGUCAGCUAUCUGUAGGGGCCUGCGGAGGGCCCGCGGGGCCCACGGACAGGACAGAGGCUGUGGGUGGGCCUAGGGCAUGGCCGUCCAUGGUGCCAGAGGCCCACGAUGGGAUGCUUGGAGGCCUGGGCUCUGAUCCCAUAGCUGCUGAGACUCGCUGGGUGACCUUGCCUAGGUCCCUUUCCUUCUCUGGGCCUUGUGUUCUCUUCUGUGACUCAGGGAUGGGAGUAGUCGGCCAGGAUAAGCUCUGCUGGAUGAGAAGUCCAGAGGGGCAUCGCCACUGGCUGGCCUUCCUGAGGGGGGCCCAGUUCAGGGGACAGGUGCAGACUGGCCUUCCCCCUCAAAGAAAGAGCAUCCUAGUGGACCAGCCUGAAUCUUGGCCCUCGGGGCGACUGACCAAAGUCUGGAUUUCCUGGGCUCAGAGUCAGGUUCGCAGGGAAGGGACUGGUGUAGAAGUAGAAGAAAGUCUUAGCCAGUGCAGGGACGGAUACAAACUGCUCAGGCCCCACCUCAGCUCUCCCCCACUUGCUGCAAGGCCUUGGCCGGCUCUUCCCCUCUCUGGGCCUCAGGCCUCACCUGCUGAACAACCCAAUAACCUCCAGGCCCUCUUGGCCCAGAUGGUCAAUGCUGGGACUCCUGUGUUCCUGGCCCUGAGAGGCCGUGGAUUUUCCAGGAAAGCCUCUCAGGCCAGCUUCAGGGUCCCUUACCACUUGGGCCCAUCCAAGGCCCCGUAUCUCAUUUUGUACUUGGAAUUUUAUAUUCAUUUUCAUAAAGAGGGUCUCCAAACUGCAUAAGUUUAGGCCACUCAAAGCCCCACUCAGCCCUUUUGAGGGCAGCUGACCAAUUCCCAAAGCAGCUCACAUUGUGUCCUGUGGCUGGGGAGGGGGGUGUCUCCGGGUGUCUGAGGGCUCCAGGGGCCCCCUUAUAGCAGCACCCAUCAGCGUUCCUCCCCUCCCAGAGACCCAGGCAGGGCCCAAGCCAGGCAGACUGGUGGGGAAAAGCAGUGUCUAAAUAGCAUGGUGAGGAGAAGGAGGAAGAGGAGGAGGGGGAGGAUGAAGAGGGAGGAGAAAAGAAGAGAGGAAGGAGGAGAAAGAGGGUGGAGGACAGAUCUGCCCCAUGACCACUCAGCCAUCCUCAGCCCCUCUGGGCUGAGCUCGGUGGCAGCAUUGCUGAAAGCAGGUUGUGGAUGCCUGGUCUGAUCAAUCUCAAGGGAAGGAUGCAGUCAAGAUGGGAUAGCAAAUGCUCUGGAAGGUACAGCGCAGGCUCCCUUGAGGGCCUGUCUGUGCUGGUAAGAGGGCCUGCGCCUUGACGGUGGCCUAGGGACAGAGCUGAGACUCAGGGCCCCGCGGGUCGGGGAUCAGGCCUCCCCAUUCUCUAUAUUCUCUGGGGCCACAGUGUGGGGCGGCCCAGGGAAGACAAGACAAGGGGGGCUGGCGAGGACAGGAGAGGCCGCCAUGCAAGGACUCUCUCCCAGAGAUAAGCCCUCAGAGCCAUGGUGAGAUUGGCCCUCGGGUGAGCGGCACCUCAAGCUAACUCCCUCCAUCCCCCACCCCGGCAGAGGGCAGGGGAGUCCUCAAGGAAAGCACGCGAACCGCAAGUUGGAAGACCUAGAUCUUCAACCCACCUCAGGAUCCUAGCCUGGACUUCUCUGGGGCUCAGUUUCCCCAUCAUAAAAUGGAGGCUGUCCCAGUCUGCCUACCUGCUCGGA